AUGCAUACAAAAUAUAAGUUCUUUCUUAUAGGCUUGAUUGAACCAUUUCAACAGGCUUAUAAGUUAGAAUCUUAUAGGAGAAGGCUUGGAAUUAAGACUGCUCUGAGCAAUGUAUCUGGAAAAAUAUGGGCUUUCAUUGAUGAGGAGUAUGAAGUCACAGUGUUAAUGGACACUAAUCAGCAGCUUACCUUGAAAUUAUUCAAUUGGGAUACUCAUCUUGAUAUAAUAGUCACUUUAGUUUAUGCUAAGUGUGACAGAAUUGAUAGAAUUGGAUUGUGGGAUUCCAUGUAUAAUCUUGCAUCAGACAUGAAUCUUCCUUGGCUUGUUGGUGGAGAUUUCAAUGUCAUUGUAGAUGAGGAAGAGAAAUAUGGUGGCCUACCUGUCACCUUGAAUAAAGUGGAGGAUUUCAGACACUGUAUUCGGACGUGUAACCUUAGUGACUUGGGUUAUAAAGGAAGCAUCUUCACCUGGUGGAAUGGAAGGGCUGCAGAUGAAUGUGUGUUCAAAAGAUUAGAUAGAUGCCUGGGAAAUUUUGAACUUCAACAGCAAUUUCCAGGCCUGGAAGUUAGUCACUUAAUUAAGCUGGGGUCUGAUCAUUCCCCACUUUUGGUAGAGUGUAAACAGGAGGUUCAACAAUUUAAGAAAUCCUUUAAAUUCUUAAAUUUUUGGACAAAACAUGCAGAGUUUCUACAGGUUGUGAAGGAUAAUUGGAAAACAGAUGUGGUGGCUAAUUCUUUCAUGACCUUUAAUGUCAAGCUUAAGAAGUUGAAGAGGGUGUUGUCUCAGUGGAGUAAAACAACUUAUGGUGACUUUUUCCAGACUAUCACUAAUCUUGAAGAAGUCAUCAAAACCCAUGAGGCACUGUUUGAGGCAUAUCCUUCUCAUGCCAAUAGGGAGAAACUUCAAAAAGUGCAAGCUGAGAUAACAAGAGCAUUGCAUAUAGAGGAGGAAUACUGGAAGCAAAAAUCUGGCAUGACCUGGUUCCAAGAAGGUGAUAAAAAUUCUAAAUUCUUUCAUGCAUAUGUUAAAGGAAGGAGGAAACUGCUGCAGUUGAAAAGAAUACAGAACUAUCAGGGUCAAUGGCUUGAGACUGAACAGGAAAUUGCUGAGGAGGCUGUUAGGUUCUACUAA